AUGGCUGCAUUGGUCCAAACGAUCCCCCAACAGAGUGGCACGGUUCCUGUGCUUCAAACGCGUCCUUCCUCCUCCUCGGGCACCUUCGCCGGCCCAUCCUCACAGUCCCACGGAUCCCGCUAUCAGAACAUGUCGUGGAGCUCCUUUAAUGCAAGCAACACUGGGGGCUACCGAGCGGGAAACCCUGUCGCGGCCCCGUAUGCCUAUGCCCCGAAUCUGAGCCACUCACCCACCGCCAACAACAAUCAACAUCGCCAGUCGUGGUCCCCCCAUCUUCGACCGGAGCACCGCACCUUUUCUGCGCCGGUCAUCCCCCAGGUCCCAGGCAAUCCGUCAUACGCCGGUGCUACGCCCCGAGUCGUCAAUCCUGCAGCUGGUUCUGUAUCGACUUCUUCCAACUCGUCCUUUCACACUCAUGUCUCCAAGGACGACAGCGCCAUCCCCUCCAGGCAACCACGGGCUGACCAGCCCCUCCGUCCCCUCUCCACGGCCAACCUUCCUCCUCCUUCCGUUAUGACCAUUUCCUCCCCCGCUGGCUCGGCCAAGCCAUCCCCUAAUCGCUACCGUCGGCCCAACCAAACCGCUCGUUCACAAUCCCCGGCCCCGGCCUCCUCCUCCGCAUCUACCUCCGCCGACAACCAAGCCAACGGGGCCUCCACCGGUCUGCGUGCUCCGCGGUUUAAUGGUCACAACCGGGGCUCCAGUGCCGACGAGUCGUCCAACGCACACAAACAGCCUCCCGAGUUGGCCAAGCGGUACCGCCGUCGAAGCCUAGGCAACAUGGACCCCAGCACAUAUCCGGAACUGAAUCUUCAAUUACCGGUCUCCUCAUCGCCGCCGCCUCAGUCGGACCCCUACGACUUUAUCUCCUUCGAUUCGAACCCACGACCGCGAUCGGCUCACUCUCACCGCAAUAGUUCUGGCAGCGUGCACUCGGCACAUUCAUCGACCUCUUCAGUUCGAGAUGGCCCUGCUUUUGACUCCAGCCCGGUGAAUAGCAAGUCUGGCAAGUCGGAGGAGAAGCGAGUUGCGAAGCCCUCCCCAUUGUCGCAGCCCGCGUCGACCUCUCCGGAUUCCCCAACGGUUGAGAAAACGGAAAAUGACGAGAAGGAACCGACCGCAUCCUCCCCACCGGCCGAUUCUCCUGCGGCCAAACGCCUGACCGAACUGAAAAACGAAUCCUCCAAACGUCCGGGGAAAUCACGCCUGCGCCGUGCAUUUUCCUUCGGCAGUGCCUCCGAGCUGUUGAAGAAUUCCAAUGCGACCAAACGCGAGGUCAUUGCUGCCGAGAAAGCUCGCCAGGAGGCGCUCCGAGAAGAACUCGGAGAGGAACAAGCGGCAAUUGCUGCGCAGCAGGAAGCUAUGGGUCUCGGCGAGAGUAUCUACAGUCACCAGGGUGGUCUGUUCUCCCGGUCCACGGAUGCCUUGUCGGUCUCGUCUACCGCCUCAUCGGCCUCCAUGAUGCUGCGAAAGAUGGGCAAGGGUGUCAAAAAGUCCGGCCGUUCCCUGGUGGGCCUCUUCCGUCCAAAAUCCGUGGCUGAUGUGGAAGGUGCCAUCAACCCGAUUACCCCGGAGAUCUCUGUGGUCAAUGUCGAAGCCGAGCGUGAGAGCGUCACUGUCAACCCAGACCCAGCCGAUCUUCCUCGUGGGGGUACCGUGUUCCCCAAGGUGGAAGGCAGCAGUUCAGAGAUCCGGCGAUCUGCUUCGAUCCGGGAGCGUGACCAGCGGGUGGUGUCGGACCCCACGACGUCGCGUAAGAGCAUCGUGGGUGGAGAUUCCGAGCGGGCCGCCAUUCUCAGCACCAUGAAGAGGGGCAUCCUGAAGAAGACCCAUUCUGACUUGGGUGUUUCCUCGCCUGCCCAUGCCCUGAAUGGCAACGACUCGCCGCAUUCCAGUGCCCCGACUACUCCCGAUGCCCGCCAGGCCGACCAUGUGAAGAUUGCCGGUGAGGACUACUUCCUCACCGAACCCGGGCGAUACAAUGCCACUGAUGCCAAGAGUGCCCCCAUCACUCCUCAAUCUGUUGCGGGAAGAAACAUUGCGUUCAGUCCUCGUAUCCAAUUCCACGAUACCUGGCCCAGCGGCGAGUAUGACCGUCGCGGUGAUAUUGCCACUUGCAAUCGCCUGACGCCUCUGCUCGCCCAGCAGAUCCGGGAGGAGAUCAACAAUUUCAAGAUGGAGAUGGAGGUUCACGAGAACUCCAAAAUUUACACGCACUUCAUUUGA